AUGCCGUCUCCAGCUCUUACGCUGUCGUUCGUAUGCGCAUCUGCGUGGCUCUCGGAUCGACAUAACAUCAGCACGUUCUGUUGUGGGCAGACAGGGCGCGCUUCUACGAAGCCUGCGCGUGGACCUCGAGGCCUUGGUUACCCGCGAUCAGUCGGGAACGCGCAACCGCUGAGGUUCAUAAACGCCAAUCUGCCUGAUCCGCGGACCAAGCCCCUGGCGUCGCAUCACGAGAGCGUUCGUUCGGAGGACGAGCUUCGUCUAGAGCCUAUACGUCGACUCCAGGGCGAUGUCUACCUCCCCGGAUCGAAAUCGCUCUCCAAUAGAGUUCUCUUGCUCGCGGCCUUGUGCGGUGAUGGAGCGGAUACGCCCCAGAUCCGGGUCGAAAAUCUGCUCUUUUCCGAUGACGUCUGGGCCAUGAUUCGAGCGCUGGAAUCGCUGGGGAUUCCUGUCGAAGUCGACGAACACAACCGAACAGCAGUCGUCACCGGUUGUGGUGGCCGCAUCCCGCGACGUAAGCCCGUCAUCGAACUCCAUCUAGGAAAUGCUGGAACCGCAAUGCGCCCUUUAACUGCCGUAUUAUGCGCGGUUGCGCCACCUGAUCCAUCGCUAUCGGAACAGAUCUUCGUCCUCGACGGUGUACCGCGUAUGCGAGAGCGACCUAUCCAGGAUUUGGUCGAAGCGCUGCAGCAACUCGGUUGCGAUGUGCAAUGUGUUUUGGGUACCGGCUGUCCGCCAGUGCGCAUUCGCCGCACCGGGGCGUUUCCAGGCGGUAGAGCUUCGGUGAGCGGCAAGAUCAGCAGUCAGUAUCUCAGUGCGUUGUUGAUGGCGGCCCCGCUGGCGCGCAAUCAAGACGUGGAACUCGAAAUCCGCGAUACACUCGUCUCUGUGCCGUAUGUGGAAAUGACCGUGAAGCUCAUGCAGAAAUUUGGGGUUACCGUGCACCAAGAGCACCGUGUCCUGCCUGAUGGGCGCGAAUCGCGCCGCUACCGGGUUCCGGCGCGGCAGGAAUACCGACCGCCAACCCAUCACUGCAUCAUGGUUGAGGGCGAUGCUUCCUCGGCUUCGUACUUCCUCGCAGGUGCCGCCAUUACCGGUGGCGAUGUACAAGUUCAUGGAUGUGGAUCCGCUUCAGUUCAAGGUGAUGUGCGCUUCGCCCAGAUUCUUGAAAAAAUGGGGGCCAAAGUGUCCUGGUCUCCGGACUCGAUUCGCCUUCAACGCGAACCGGGACAAGUGCUUCACGGCGUCGAUGUGGACUGCGGCGAUAUCCCGGAUGCAGCCAUGACGCUUGCCGUGGUCGCACUCUUUGCCAGAGGCCGUACUGCGAUUCGCAACGUUUACAACUGGCGAGUGAAAGAAACAGAACGCAUGCGGGCAAUUGUGACGGAAUUGGGCAAACUCGGUGCCCGGGUCGAGGAAGGCCACGACUACUGUAUCAUUGACCCGCCGCAGCCGGGCGCGCUUCACGCAAACGUGUCCAUCGCGACCUACGACGACCAUCGGAUGGCGAUGGCAUUCGCGCUCGUGGCAUGCGGGGGCGUCCCGGUGCGUAUCCAAAACCCGAGCUGCGUCCGAAAGACGUUUCCUGACUAUUUCCAAGUACUACGAUCGGUAUCCGUUUUUGAAAGCACGUGA